UUUAUUAAGACAGGACUAGAAGAUUCCUCAGGAACUUUUGGUUCAUGUCAAACGUGUUAGCAACUUCUUGUUUGCUCAGUGAAGCAUGAGAAUAGCAGCACAUCAGUGUUUCUCGAAGUGUGGUGUGUGACACUCUGUCUUCAGACUCUUGGGGUGGACGCUUGUUAGAAAGGAUGAUUUCCAGAACUCUUUAGGGACCUACUGAUUCUUUGAAGGGUUAACCAGUAUCUCAAGCGCUUCUUAUAUAACCUUAAUUUGGAGACGUCUGGCAUAAUGAGUAACGCAGGGAGAAAGUGUCCUCCCCGUACUUGGAAUUUCAAAGAGUCAAACUGGGCCAAACCCAGGGCACCUUUCAGGGCAGCCUGCUCCGCUAAUUGAGUUGCCACAUUUGAUGCUUCGCCUGGCCAUCAACCAUCUCCCAACAACUGGUUCCUGUAAGAUCCAAACCUUCCUCUGCCAUUACAGUUGUGACUGGCAAUCUUGAGUUCCUUUGCUCCUUUCAUCAACAGUAGGAAAAGAAAAGGAAUUUUGGCACUCUAGUGAUUAUGGAAAUCAAAUAUGGGUCUGUUCCACCUUAAAGGGCCUAGGCUUGCCUCAGUGCUUGGGUCUUGCAGAGUUUGGGCACCACCAUAUUUGGAGCGUGCCUACUUUGGGGCGGGAACCUCCUUGAGAGUGAUUAGGUCAGCGCUGGGGGAGGUGACCUUGUUUGGUUUCUGGCACCCGAGAACAGUGGUGCACUGUUUCUGCUGCCCCCGUUUGCUUAAUUGGCCCAGGCGCUCCACCAGAGCAAAGCUGCCCUGGAGCUCCUCGCUGGCCGCCCCCGCGGCCCGCAGCUCGGUAGAGGCGGGAAAGCAGCGCGCCUGCGCCGUGGGAACCGGGGCCGGAGGCGAAAAGCGGGGAGCGGAGGGGGGCCGUUGGAGCCGAGUAGCGUACAGAGCGGCGUGUGACGCGGGGACGCCGCGCGCUCCCAACGUCGCCCCGGUUUGACGCACACGGCACCAAACUGUCUGAUUCCCUGGCCUUUGUGUCCCUGGGAGCUUAAUCUCUGCCAGAGGAAAGCAGGUGUGCUCCACUUCUCCCGUGAACCUGAAGAUGAGUUGUCCCAGACCCUUCUCAGUGAUUGGAAACUUAGGUGGUGGAGCUAAAGGUUUCUUGUUACGAGACUUCCACAGACGACUCUCGUGUUGGGAUCCAUCCAUGGUUUAGCAGCAGUAGUGGAAAACUUUUCUUGAACUGCCUAAGUAAUAUUGACAUAAACUUAGUUGUUACAAAACUUUUGUCUAGACGUCAAAUUUUGUGUGGUUAUUAAGAAGUACUCAACAAGGGGGUGAACGCAUUGGGGGCCUAAAUGAUGGCCCUGUUUUGUAUACAAGUCAAUAAUUACAACAGGAAUACCAAAACACCAUCUUUUCUUCUGGCCAGUUCUGACUAAUGCCAGGCUUGUUGCAUCUGGAUGAUAGAUUAGAUUUGCCUUAAUAGUAUAUUGCCUCUCUGCAGUAGUUUAGUUACAUUGCUUUGGUCCAAGAAGAAGGAGAGGAUUUCAAAAAAUAGACAAUUCAAGUUACUCAAAGGAAACCUGCUGUUUGCCUUCAGUGUCAUGUCUGUAGCCUUGCCAUUUCAUUUGGGAUUCUUGGAACUGUGAUCUUGUUUGAGUUAAUUUCGAAUGAGAUUGUUUUUGCAACAAGAUGUUAAUAAGACAAAAUCUAGACUAAAUGUGUUAAAUGGGCUUGCCAACAAUAUGGAUGAUUUGAAGAUAAACACCGAUGUUACUGGUGCUAAAGAAGAACUCCUAGAUAACAACAGUUUUAUCUCAGACAAAGAGAGCGGAGUUCAUAAACCAAAAGAUUGUCAAACAUCAUUUCAGAAAAAUAAUACGCUCACUCUGCCUGAAGAACUGUCAAAGGACAAAUCUGAAAAAGCCUUAAGUGGAGGCCAGUCUACUCUAUUUAUACAUGCUGGUGCUCCUACUGUUUCUAGUGAAAACUUUAUCUUGCCUAAAGGAGCUGCUGUUAAUGGACCAGUUUCACACUCCUCCUUAGCUAAGACUUCCAGUAUGAAUAAAGGCAGUGUUUCAUUAACCACUGGACAACCUGUGGAUCAGCCAACAACAGAAUCUUGUUCAACUUUGAAGGUGGCACCUGAUCUUCAGCUAUCUACACCACAGAAAGCAAAUCAACACCAAGUUUUAUUUUUGUUAUCAGAUGUAGCACAUGCUAAGAAUCCAACCCAUUCCAUUAAAAAACUACCUACCUCUGCUUCCGUUGGUUGUGACAUUCAGAAUUCAGUAGGGAGUAGUAUAAAGUCAGAUAGCACUUUAAUAAAUCAAGUAGAGGUGGGUGAGGAUAGUGAUGAUUUAUUGGUAAAAGAUGAUUGUGUCGAUACAUUAACAGGAAUUUCCUCAGGUACAGAUGAAUUUAGGUCAGAAAAUGAUACAAACUGGGAUCCCCAAAAAGAAUUCAUUCAGUUUCUUAUGACUAAUGAAGACACAGUGGAUAAAGCUCCAGUUCACUCUAAAGUAGGUCUAGAAAAAAAGAGAAAGCGAAAAAUGGAUGUAAGCAAGAUAACUCGUUAUACUGAGGAUUGCUUUAGUGAUUCGAAUUGUAUACCCAAUAAAUCAAAAAUGCUAGAAGUAGACUUUCUGGAACAGAAUGAAGAACUACAAGCAAUAGACUCACAGAAAUAUGCAUUAUCAAAAGUAAAGCCCGAGUCAACUGAUGAAGACUUGGAAUCUGUGGAUGCUUUUCAGCAUCUAAUUUAUAACCCAGAUAAGUGUGGAGAAGACAGUUCACCCGUUCAUACUAGCACUUUUCUUUCCAAUACCUUAAAAAAGAAAUGUGAAGAAAGUGAUUCUGAGUCACCUGCUACUUUCAGCACCGAAGAGCCAUCCUUCUACCCCUGUACAAAGUGCAAUGUGAAUUUUAGGGAGAAGAAGCACCUCCACAGGCAUAUGAUGUAUCAUUUAGAUGGGAAUAGCCACUUUCGCCAUCUUAAUGUCCCAAGGCCAUAUGCUUGUAGAGAAUGUGGACGGACAUUUCGAGAUCGUAACUCACUUCUAAAGCAUAUGAUUAUUCACCAAGAAAGAAGACAGAAGUUGAUGGAGGAAAUUCGUGAAUUAAAAGAACUUCAGGAUGAAGGAAGAAGUGCACGAUUACAGUGCCCUCAGUGUGUGUUUGGUACCAAUUGCCCUAAAACAUUUGUGCAGCAUGCUAAAACCCAUGAAAAAGAUAAAAGGUACUACUGCUGUGAAGAGUGUAACUUCAUGGCAGUGACAGAAAAUGAAUUAGAAUGCCAUCGAGGCAUUGCCCAUGGAGCAGUGGUAAAAUGCCCUAUUGUCAGUUCUGAUAUAGCCCAGAGAAAAACGCAAAAAAAGACUUUCAUGAAAGACUCUGUUAUAGGAUCAUCCAAAAAAUCAGCUACCUACAUAUGUAAGAUGUGUCCUUUUACUACUUCAGCCAGAAGUAUUUUAAAAAAACACGUAGAGUACUUGCAUUCGUCAUCAUGCAUUGAUUCAUACGGUAGUCCUCUUGGACUUGAUAAAAGAAAAAGUGACAUUCUUGAAGAACCUGUAGAUAUUGAUAGCACUAAACCAUUAAUUAAACAACAGUCAGCCACAUUUCCAAAGAACUCUGCUUUAAAACAAGAUGUAAAGCGAACAUUUGGAUCAUCCUCACAAUCAAGUAAUUUUUCCAAAUUCCAUAAGCGGCCACACAGAGUACAAAAAGCUCGGAAAAGCAUUGCCCAGUCAGGUGUAAAUGUGUGCAAUCAAAACAAUUCUCACAAGACUGUUAUGAUUAAAAGCAGCACUGACCAAAAACCUAAGUAUUUCCAUCAAGCAGCAAAAGAAAAAUCUAAUGCCAAGGCAAAUAGCAACUAUUUAUAUAGACACAAAUAUGAAAACUACAGAAUGAUCAAAAAAUCAGGUGAAUCAUAUCCUCUACAUUUCAAAAAAGAAGAGGCCAGUUCAUUAAAUUCUUUACAUCUGUUCUCGUCAUCAAGUAAUUCUCACAACAAUAGUUUUAUUUCAGACCCUCAAAACUCUGACACGAAAAGGCCAGAAAGCUUCAGAGAACACAGGCGUGUAGCUGUAAAGAGAGUAGUUAAGGAAUCCAAGAAGGAAAGUUCUGUUGGAGGAGAAGACUUGGAUAGCUAUCCAGAUUUCUUGCAUAAAAUGACUGUUGUUGUUUUGCAGAAACUUAAUUCUGCUGAAAAGAAAGAUAGCUAUGAAACAGAAGAUGAAAGUUCCUGGGAUAAUGUUGAGCUAAGCGACUACACUACACAGGCCAUAGAAGAUGAAACCUAUAAUGAUAUUAAUCAAGAACAUGUAAACUUAUUCCCACUUUUUAAAAGCAAGGUAGAAGGUCAAGAGCCUGAAGAAAAUGCUACCCUUAGUUAUGAUCAAAAUGAUGGCUUUUAUUUUGAAUAUUAUGAAGAUGCUGGAACUAAUAACUUUUUGCAUGAGAUACAUGAUCCUCAGCAUUUAGAAAAUGCAGAAACUUCAUUGUCAAAGCAUAGUUCUGUUUUUCACUGGACUGAUCUGUCUCUUGAGAAGAAAUCAUGUCCUUACUGCCCAGCAACAUUUGAAACAGGUGUUGGGUUAUCAAAUCAUGUUCGAGGACAUCUUCACAGAGCUGGAUUAAGCUAUGAAGCCCGUCAUGUCGUAUCACCAGAACAAAUAGCCACAAGCGACAAAAUGCAACAUUUCAAAAGAACUGGCACAGGGACACCUGUUAAGCGAGUUAGAAAAGCUAUAGAGAAGUCUGAAACCACUUCUGAACACACUUGUCAGCUCUGUGGUGGUUGGUUUGAUACUAAAAUUGGAUUAUCGAAUCAUGUUAGAGGCCAUCUGAAAAGACUUGGAAAGACUAAAUGGGAUGCUCACAAAUCUCCUAUCUGUGUUUUGAAUGAAAUGAUGCAAAAUGAAGAAAAAUAUGAAAAAAUCUUAAAAGCAUUGAACAGUCGCCGUAUUAUUCCCAGACCAUUUGUAGCUCAAAAACUUGCAUCAAGUGAUGACUUUCUGUCUCAUAAUGUUAUACCUCUUGAAGCAUACCGUAAUGGCCUAAAGACUGAAGCUUUAUCAGUGUCUGCAUCAGAAGAAGAGGGGCUGAGUUUCUUAAAUGAAUAUGAUGAAACAAAACCAGAGCUGCCCAGUGGAAAAAAGAAUCAGUCUCUUACACUGAUAGAACUGCUUAAAAAUAAAAGGAUGGGAGAAGAAAGGAAUUCUGCUAUUUCUCCUCAAAAAAUUCAUAAUCAAACUGCAAGAAAGAGAUUUGUUCAGAAGUGUGUUCUUCCACUAAGUGAAGAUAGUCCGUUGAUGUAUCAGCCACAAAGAAUGGACUUAACUAUGCACUCAGGUAUGCCUGUGAAGCUUAGAACAUGUGUGCAUUGCAAUACGACGUUUACAAGUGCUGUUAGCCUGUCCAACCACUUACGCGCUUAUGCACGAAAGAAGAGUGCUGGACUUUUGACUGGUACAGCCUUAGAUUGUAAGCAAAAGAAAUCAAGGUCAAGAUCUGGAAGUAAGAAGAAAAUGCUAACAUUACCUCAUGGUGCUGACGAGGUUUACAUUCUCCGAUGCAGGUUUUGUGGCCUAGUCUUUCGUGGACCAUUGUCUGUUCAGGAAGACUGGAUUAAGCACUUACAACGACACAUUGUAAACGCUAAUCUUCCACGGACUGGAGCUGGCAUGGUGGAAGUCACGUCACUACUUAAAAAGCCUGCCUCCAUUACAGAAACUUCAUUUUCUCUACUAAUGGCAGAAGCAGCUUCAUAGAACAAGGAAACCUUUUAAAUAGCAAAUUUAAAUUGGAUGUAAAUUUGAAAUUCUUUGUCUUUUUUUUUUAAAGCCACGUUAAAUUAUCCGUUUAUAAAUACUAAAGCAGGAAAAUGGGGAAAAGUGAAUUACAGUGACAUCAGAGCAAACUGAGUACUUCAAACAGUAAGUAGUCUAUAUAUUUUAUAUAGGAUGGAAGCUGUGUUUUUAAGGUUUACUAAGUUUUGUCAGUUAACGGUGUUCACUCGUUGAAAGAUCAGUACAUGUAAGCAGUCAUUAAUAUACUGUUGCACAUGGAUAAUUUAAAGACAGACUUACUGGAAAAUUACAUUUUCUGCAGUGUUAACCAGAAUCAAAGUUCUGUUUAUUCCCCACAAGACUUGCAUUGAAAAAUAAGAUAUUAUAUUUUGUUUGUAUGUAUUUAGUGUUUUGUAUAAUAUCAGGAACCGCUAAACUAAAUUUACUCAACUUAGGGCAUUAAAUAUCAUGUACUUCAUAGUUUGAGACUGUUCACUCAAAUAGGGCAGAGUACAAUUCUAUCUAGAUGUGUAAGUGUUUUUUUAAAAUCACAUGGAACGGUUUUUUUUAUACUAAAAAGUGGAGGGAGAUUUGUUUAAACAAGUAUUUCUAAAAGAAAUAUGUACAUAGUCCUGGAAAUUAUUUGUGGUAAGGAAAUAUUCUUUACUCCAGUUGCAUUUCUCAGACAAUAAAGUGGUGCAUCCAUGCUACCUCCUACUUUGUCAACAAAGAUGCUAUUUACCCUUUACAUUUUUGUAUCAUAAUAGAUUUAAAAAAUCUAAUGUUCUUUAUUGCAAGACAUCCUUUUGUUAACAGAUUUGUUUCUUUUUAAUGUUUUACCUAAAUUUUGACAUGCUUACAGGACAGGUUUGCCUCUUACUUUAUUUAACAUUGUAGAAAUGUAAUUAAUAAACAAUGCUCACUACACAAUUUAGAAUAGGCUUUCUCAUUUAUAUUCCAAAUUUGAUCAGUUAGCAAAACUUAAUACAUCAAUUGAAAUAUUUCUACAUAUGAUGAGAAUGUUUACAAUUUAAAUUUUAGAACUUGUUUUGGAUGUGACUAUAUGUACGAAAAUCGUGUAACACUAUGCUCAUGCUAAGAACCGACAUAACGGAAUUACUGAAAUAAAUGUGCUGUGAGGAAUGGAAAAUAUGGUGCAGAUGUCUUGGUCAUGAUAAAUUGUGAUUCUUUUAAACUCUUUCCAAAAACAAAUUAGUUCUUUUAACCUGCAAACAGAUUCCUUUACAAAUAACAGUUUUUGUAUGCAAGCACCAUUUCAUUUUAUUUAAUGUAGUAUGGCUAAUACUAUAGUUGAAACAAGGAUAUGCAUUGAUAAUUUUCUUCGUAUGUAAAUAAAGUUAAAAACAGUUAAAAUAAGGAGUAUUUUGGUAGAGUAUAUACAUACCUCACUGCCAGUGAAUUGCUUUCCUAUGGUAUAUCUCCUUACCAGAAAAAUCUCUAAAUAAAAAAAGA